AUGGUGAUCGCCGAGCCGCUGGGCGAGCGGAGGGUGGCGGCGCCCGCCACUGCCGCUGCCGCCGCCGCCGCCGCCGUCAAGAAGAACAAGUACCUGUUCAAGAGGCGGGAGGAACCUCCGCCGACGCCUGCCGCCUUAUCCCCCAACGUCCACUUCAUCCCCCACGGGAUGGGCGCCGCCGCCGCCGCCGCCGCCGGCCUUGGCGGCGCCGCCAGCUACCACCCUUCGGAGGUCGGAGACUACGUCCUCCAGAAGAGGGCCUCCCCGCCGUUGCAGAGCCUCCCGGCGGAGGAGGCUUCCAAGCCUCCUGCACAGGGAGACCCGCCGCUGGUGCCCGGCGGCGCUUUGGUGGCGGAGCAGACCCCGCCGGUCGCCGGCGGCGCCGACGUCAAGCCACGGCAGCUUCCCAAGGAGGAGGACGAGAAGGCAUCGGCGGCGAACCAGAGGAUAAUGAUGACCACGACGAUGAGCCAGAAGGAAAGGCCCCUCAAGUCUGAGGGCAGCGCCGCCGCCGAGAAGAAGAAGAAGAAGAGGAAGAGAGAAACCGGCGUCGGGCAGGCUCCUCUGAACCCGAAGAAGAUUAGGGAACCAAACGGCGGUGGCGUUGGGGUCACCGGUUCCUCCGAAAUCAACGCUGGCGGCGCUCGGGAGGCCCCGGCGCCGCCGCCGCUCAGGCUCGACUUUGCCGCCGUCGACGUCGAGAUGCCGGCGGCGCUGAGCGACCUGACGUCCCUCGCCGUGGACCCCUUCCACGGAACGGACCGCAGCGCCGCCGCCGUCGUCCGCCGCGUGUUCCUCCUCUUCCGCUCGCUGGUCUUCGAGAAAGCCCUCCCAGUCCCGCCGCCGCCGGAGGGCGGCGCCACCACCACCGCCGCCGCCCCCGCCGGAGAACGAAGAGAACCGCCGCCCCCGGCGAAGCCCCCCCGCAAGGCGCCUUCGCCCUUCAAGCCCGAUGACCCCACCAAGGCCGGCCGCAAGCGGAUGCCCUCCGACCGCCAGGAGGAGAAGCUCGCGAAGAGGACGAAGAAGCUGGACUCCGUGAAGAAGGCCCUCACCCUCUCGGAGAAGAAGCAGCCGCAGGAGGCACCGCCGGCGGCGAAGAAGCAGCCGCAGGAGGCGCCGCCGCCGGCGAAGAAGCAGCAGCAGGAGGCCUCCGCUCCGGCCAAGCCCGCCAAGGCGGCCGUGCCGACCUUCCUGGUGAUGAAGUUCCCGCAGAGGACGACGUUGCCGUCGAUCUCCUCCCUGAAGGCGAGGUUCGCGCGCUUCGGGCCGUUGGAUCUCUCCGGCACGCGGGUCUUCUGGAAGUCGUACACCUGCAAGGUGCUCUUCAAGCACAAGGCCGACGCGCAGGCGGCCUUCGCCUACGCGCAGAGCAACGAGAUCUUCGGGCAGGUGAAGGUCAGCUACUCUCUCCGCGACCCGGACCUGCCGGCGGGUGAAGGCGCCACCGCCGAGCCGGCGAAGCGGCGCGACGACGGCUCCUCCGUCCUCUUCCCGGCGGGCGGCGAUCUCCUGGGCGGCGGCGGCGGCGGCGGCGAAGGUGGGCCAGCUCAAGUCCAUCCUCAAGAAGCCCUCCGAUGAGCCCGGUGGCGCAGCCAAGGAGACCCAGCGGGUUAAGUUCCUCCUUGGAGGUGGCGACGGCACCGGCGAGCCCCCGGUGGUGGUCUGUAGUGCUGCUGCGGGUCUGGACAACAACCCUAAUCGUAAGGCUUCUUCUUCUUCAUCAUCAUCAUCAUCUUCAUCUUCUUCCAAAUCUGUCACCUUCCUCCCCGGCCCCCAACCCCUGCCGCCGCUCCGGCCGGCGGCGCCGCCGGUGGUGGACAUCUCCGGCCAGAUGCUCAGCCUUCUGGCGAGGUGCAGCGACAUCGUCACUGACGUCAAGUCGGCGCUGGGCUAUGUUCCCUAUCACCCUCUCUAG